AUGGACGACACAUCGACCCCGACCAACGAGACGUUUGCUGGCAAUGCUCUCGCGGCUCAAAAACCGCUCCCUUCCUCUUUCUCCGAUUUUUCCGAGCCACCGCAGACUGCCGACUCUCCGAACGACAAGUUGCUGCACUCCUACGGAGAAAAAACCCAUGGCGUCAGGAAAUCGCGCGAUCCGUCCGACAUGAACAUCGAUGACUCUGAUGGCGAGAUGGGCCAUGGUGACGACGCUGCCGGCCUAUCCGACGAAGAGAGCAUCGCCGCCGAUGGCAAGGCAAACAAGAAGAAGAAGUCGCUGCGCUUCUACUGCACCGACUAUCCCCCCUGCAAUCUCAGCUUCACGAGAAACAACCUACGCCAACAUGCCCAGACAGUCCACGUCAACGAGGACAUUCCGAUGGACUCUCUUGCCGCAACUGGUACUCGCUUUCAGCGGCAAAUUCGCACAGACCGCGUCCGCGCUACUUCCGGCCGGGCAAGAACGUCCACCACCGGCGCCAUGGGCACGCCCACCCGUGGCCACUCCAAGUCGCUGUCCACGUCCAGCAUAACCAGCGUCAGUUCCGUUGCCUCGUCUGUCUUCUCACCACGUGACGACCUGCGCCGACGACCACCCCCGCUCGUAAUGGCGGACCCCCGUGUGGCCCCAUAUCGUUCAGGUGCACACGACAAUCAGUAUCGGCCUCUCACCCCUACUGAUUAUGCCAGCCCACCCUCUGCUACCUUUUCCAACGGUCCGGGCAGUCCGCGUUGGGGCCAGGGUCAGGCCAUCGUCUCGCCGUCGCCGUCGCACAGCCGCGCUCAGAGCAUGUAUGUCUCUGGCGUGCGAACCCCCGGCCGGCGUCUAAGCGUCCCGUCCUCGACUACAGACCCCUUCUUGUCUCCCCAGAACACAACGUUUGGCCGUCCGCUGUUCAGCCCAGGAUGUAUGAAUGCUUCCAACGGCGGUCUUUUCUCUCCCCCUAAUGCUGGCAGUGUUCUGGCGUCACCGACAACGUCGACAACGUCUACCUGGUCAAGACGGGACUCCACGUCCACCGUUUCCGACGAUGCCUGGCGUCGCCGGACCUGGCACCCUGACACGCGAGAGUACAAUGCGAUCAAUAACGGCUCCGGUAGCAGCCAUUUAAGCCGUGUCGUUUCGUCUUCACAGUACCAGACUCCACCGACUGCAUCCGUUCCGCUUGCCAACCCGGCAGCCCAACAAACAAACCUGCGCCUGCCAGGCAUCGAGUCUUUCGACCCCCUUCCUCGGCAUCGCCCCGGUUCACCGCCCCGCAGGGCGCCAACGCCUAUGGCAAUCGACUUGAACAACGGCCUUGUUGCUGGCCGGCCAACAUCCAUCUUGCGAAAUCAUAUGGAACCUGGCCAGGAUGACCGCCGGGCACCGGUGAAUAGCCAGUGGGAUGUGCCUCUACAUCGCAAUUUGACAAGGUUGGAGAUUGCGUCGAGCACGUCGCCACGCGACGGGGCUAGUGCUUGGGCUAGUGAGGCCAGUCGCACCGCGGUGGCACAGGCCGAACAGUCUGAUAGAAACACCCACCAACGGCAGCUUCAGCCGAGCGUCCGGUUCGAAGAUGAUAUUCGGACUGCGCCCUCACGCUACGGUGCUCCUGACCCGACGCCUGUCGGAUACAGCAGAGGACACUACCAUACUGUGUCAGCACCAUCCUUCAACAUCACCACGCCACGUCACCAAAAGCGCCAGGGCUGGUACCAGGGCCCUCCACCGGCCACUGCGAAUUUUGAAUCCGAGCGUGCAUCUGGCCCACGUGUCGACCGUAUGGUGCACCCCAAUUUAGCAAGCGGCUUUCAAGGCUUCCCUGCACGUGUACCGCAGACUGUCCAUGAACACCGGCAACAGGCAGCACCUCAACCUUCCGAACCUCAGCGAUACUCCCAACAACAACAGCAAGAACAAGACCCACCUAACUCGCUAAGGCGCCUCGAGGCGCUGGUGGCAGUUGCCACUAGUGAAGUCUCUACCGCUGCCGCCUACUGA